GCCAUUCGCUGAAGCAAAUCUGCGGUCAGUAUGGUCCCUUAACGAGAAAUUCGUGAUUCCGUCGUUACUUAAACGGUGCGUUCUGUGGAGAAAUUGAUCUAUUUCUUUUAAAUAAAUAAUAAUCAUAAUAAUAAUUAAAAAAACCGAUAGAUGCUAAAGUAACACAGCCUCGAUGACCUUCUAAUAACAUACGGAAACGGUUGACCCUCACAGUCAUGGAGAUUGUUACACAUUUAAUCAAUGACACCAUUGAGCUCUACAAAUGGUCCCUGACUAUUGCAGACAAACGGGUGGAGAAAUGGCCUCUGAUGGACGGCCCUCUUCCCACUCUGGCCAUCAGCACCUCUUACCUGCUUUUCCUCUGGCUCGGACCCAAAUACAUGAAGAACAGAGAACCUUUUCAGCUCCGCAAAACUCUGGUCAUCUACAACUUCAGCAUGGUUUUUCUUAACCUGUUCAUCUUUAAGGAGCUGUUUAUGGCGGCACGAGCAGCACAGUACAGCUACAUUUGUCAGCCUGUGGACUAUUCGGAGGACCCUAAUGAAGUCAGGAUGGCUGGAGCUUUGUGGUGGUAUUUCAUCUCAAAGGGCAUCGAGUAUUUGGACACAGUGUUUUUCAUCCUGAGGAAAAAAUUCAGCCAGGUUACCUUCCUGCACGUUUACCACCACUGCACCAUGUUCACACUCUGGUGGAUCGGCAUCAAGUGGGUGGCAGGAGGACAGUCUUUCUUUGGGGCUCACAUGAACGCACUGAUCCACGUCUUGAUGUACCUGUACUAUGGCUUGGCCUCCUGUGGACCCAAGAUCCAAAAAUAUCUUUGGUGGAAAAAGUAUUUGACCAUCAUUCAGAUGGUUCAGUUCCACUUCACCAUCGGGCACACGGCUUUGUCUCUCUACGUCAACUGCGACUUCCCCCACUGGAUGCACUACUCCCUCAUCUGCUAUGCCAUCACUUUCAUCAUCCUGUUUGGCAAUUUCUACUACCAGACCUACCGCCGCCAGCAGCCCACGCGCCGUGAAACCGCCUCGUCCUCCAAAGCAGGCAGGGCUUUCUCUAAUGGCACCCUGAACGGGCCCAGCAAAGCAGCCGGUGGACCGGCGCUGAUGGGCAGCAAAGAGGAGAAGACCCAGGAGAACUCUGGGAGGAGAAAGAGGAAAGGACGUGCUAAAAGGGAUUAGGAAAACAAAAAAGAUAUGAGGUAGGGCCAUGCUUUUUGGUUGCUUUUUCUGAAACAUGAAAGACUAAAUGUAAAGAUGUUUCUCAUGAGUGUGAGGUACUUUUUAAAGCCAUGAUCUGAGUUUUAGAGGAAGAGCGAGCCAGGAUUGCUCAGAGGAGAGGGUUGAUCUGUCUAUGAGAGGUGUCAAUGGUCAUGAAUGAGGUGACCACCAUUCUUAAAAAAACAAAACAAAAAAAACAGUGGGGUGUGGGAGAGCCUUUCUCCUCUUCAUUGCGGUGCCAAGUUACAUAGAUCUGGUUCAAAGGGUGAUGGACAGCAAACAUUUGAAACAGAAAUAACGCCUUACAGGCUUUUUGAACGCGCUUGGAAACUUACCUGUAAAAGCACCUGGUUGUAUUUUUUAAAAACGUAGUUGUAAAAAUGCUGCUGUAUUAAGACAGGACUACAAAUAAGAACAUUCAAACAACAAUUCCUGUUUGAAUGCAUCUGACUGCAUUAAGAUCCUUGGUAUAUAUACAUAUAUCUAAAAGUGAUAAUCAUGUGCACUAACACCCUUCCAUCUUGUUUAAGAGACUAUUAAGUUUACACAAUCUCAUACAUCAAAAGUUUUGAAAUGUAGACACUUAUUUUUAGAAUUCUGUCCAUUUUUGUGUAGAUAAAAUAGCAUUACUGAGAGGUUAGAUUAAGUUAAAAGCAGAAAAAGGAGGUUGACAUUGUUUCAGCAUCUAUUUAAGAUUCAAAACUUGUCAAAAGGUGUAUCUCAGAAUUUUACGGUUUAUUUGUACAACCAUCAUCCAUUCCACUUGUGUGUCUUGUGAACUGUAAUGAGUAGUAUCCAGAUGGAACUGAUGAUAUCCCGUGUUUUCUCCUGGACAAAAACACAGCGGGAGUUUUGUCCUUGGAGGUGUUUAUCUGUCUUUUUGUAUUCUAUCCUCUCUGAACUUGUUGUUUGUCUUAGACGCGCCGGUCCAAACCAGGCCUCUGUGGUGUUUCGCGCUCUUUUGUAGUUUACAUCCAGUCCUGACCAUGUUCACUUCCUUUAGCACUGUUUUCUUAAAGUCUGUGUAUAUUUAAACCCUUUUUUGCAGCUCAGAUCAGAGCUGGCUUGAAUGUACAUUUAUCAAGGAAUAUAUUUGUAUGAAAAUAGGUUUCUAUACAGCAAGAGCUGUUGCCGCUCUGUAUAGACGCUUUAUGUAACACCACUAUAAUGAAUACUUUUGCUCUUUCUUUAAUGACCAGAGCAAAAAUCUGCAUUCAGCUUUUUUGCUUUAUAUUAAAUUUUGAUGUUAUUUAUUGUUUUUUUCAUUGUUGUCUGCAGAUUUCCAUCUAGCUGAGAUAGACUGCUUGUUUACUUCUGUUUUAUGUGCAUAUCAUGUGGUGAAAUGUUGUAUACGACACACUGACUGGACAACUAUUUGUCCAAGAUUCUUCUGCUUUGAUUAAAUUGUUUAUAAUUUUCCUUUUUUUUUGUAUCACAACUUUGAAUUUUCUUCAGUCAAUAUUAAACUGAUUGCCUGUAAACAUG